UGGUUACCACCGCGCAAAUGUUUGCAGACGUAGAUUAUCCGUGCAACCCCAAAUGGCAUACGGAACUCAAUCAACACUACAGAAAUACAGGCUUUGACACUCGCCCAGAAGACAUCCCUGUGUGUGACAACUCUCUCAAGAAAGCCACCGAAUGUCCUGGCUCUAACACCUGCGGCACUUCUACUCCUGUGUGGAUGAAUGGAUCACAUCCACAGGUGAACGGUGAGUGCUGUCAAAGGAAAUAUGACAUUACAAACUAUGAACUUGGUGCCGACCAGGGAUGCUGUGACUACCAGGACGACCUGUUCGUCAAGAACUGCGGCAAGUUCUACGUCUACUACCUCAGUCCUACAUACAACUGUCCUAGCAGCUACUGUGCGGGUACUGCCAAGAGAUGCCCAGUGGAUAAAUGGUCGAACACAUCGCUGGAGCCGUGCAGAGAUCUUGCUCCAGUUCUGACAACCCCACCAGUGGUCAAGGGACCGAAUGUGGGUCCCAACCAGACAGUAGACUACCAGUGCCAGAUCCAGUUCGGACCCGACGAUCCCGACCAGGUGUUUCAAGUAGUGUGGACCUUCAACAAUGUCACCGACCCAUCCAUCAAACCGGAUAUUUUGAUCGGCUCUCAGAAAGUGGCAACCUUGAGUGGAGACGUGCUGCAGAAACACCUCGAUACGGAAGUGGGCUGCCAGCACGUCAAUCUGACUGGGCCCUACCUGCGAGGAAAUCAGUCAUUUGACUUUGAGUGUGACGUCAACACCACCACACAGGAUGGCAACCAGCACAUCGAAGUUGUGUGGACGUUUGACGGACAGCAGGACCCGGAAGUAGAACCUCAGGUCAUCACUGGCGGCACGCCCACAGCUAAGUUAGAUGGCAGUGCUAUCCAAGGUCAUUUCAACUCACACAUUGGCUGUCAGGCCAGACUCAUCUACCAAGGACACAGCAUGAAAUCAGAGUUCCGCCAGAGCAACACAUUGUUUGCCGGAAUACAGGUUGACCCUAGCAAACUGGACAUCAGCGACAGUGAAGGCCAGAAAACGUUCACCGUGACCUCCACCAUCCCUGUAGUUUGUGACCAGGUCAAGGACUGUUGUGUGACCUUCAGCAUGGAAGUCGACAAGAGCACAGAUCAUUUUGUGAUCUGGUUUCAGGUGACGGUAGUUCCUUCCAGAAACUCCAUCAGUGGGGGCACCAGGGAAGCCGUGCUCUCAUUCACAGAUGUGGCUGCCUCUGGCACCGGUCCUUACAUCGACGUCUUCAACUCUAGCAGACCAGACCCUGUACAGAUUUUGGUCAGACUGGAGGCUGGCUUCAGAUGUUCAAUCACAGGAGACCCACACUUUCAGGGAUUUGAUCUCAAAAUCUACGACCUCUACCAGACCGGAGACUACGUUGUUUACAAGGUCAAGGACAGGGACUUCCAGGUGCAAAUCCGCUCCUGGCCCUGCUGGGCGGUCACCUGUGUGUGUGGUGUGGCUGUCAGGGAACGCAACGAUAUUCUGCUGCCGUCCGGCUCUGAAAUCAAGAUUGACAUAUACGGCACAUACAUGAACGUGUACAUACAGACACCUGCAUACGACAAGAACAAAGCUUCAGGAGUCUGUGGCACAAAUGAUGGUAACCCAGGUAGGGUUGCUGGUGCCGCAAGCUUGUUUGUGACCUCGCCAGAACAAGUGCCAGAGAAGCCUACUGAGGAAUACUGUUCGUGUCCUGCUGGCUCUCAGGAGAGGUCAGCCGGGUCCUGCUCACCCAGACAGCACAUCCAGGAGAGCGACCUCUCGUCCGACUCGGGUGCACAAACUCACAAAACAACUUUAACCCAUGACUGUUAUUCACAGCUGGAGGCAGCUUGGGGAAAGCACAAUAUUUCUUCACAUAAUAGACAGCACUGCGUGAAUGUCAAACAAUGGCCCAACGAUAAAGGCAUCACUGAGAGCAAAGCCAAGGAAAUGUGCAGCAGUGCCAUAGAGAAGUCGCAGCUCUACCAGCAGUGUAAGGACAUAGACAGUCUUGUGGACAGUGCUAUGGCCGAGUGUUUGGGGGAUGUGUUGGAUGGAGGCACCAAUGAGACCCUGCCUGCGGUGACGUCUUCAUUCACCAGCAAAUGUCAGAUGACAGCGGCCAGCAACAGCAAGAACUACCAGCAGGGCUCUGAUGGUGGCAUGGCGCUGGACAAGCAGUUCAGUGACCACGUCUGCUCCGAUGAGUGUACAGACCACGGCAGGUGUGCUGAGAACGGGACUUGUGUGUGUCAGGAUGGCUGGCAGGGGGAGACGUGUCAGAUCCAGUCAGGGAAGGGUCCACAGAUCACUUGGACGUCAGGGUCUCCCUGGUGUGAUGUCAAACAGAAGUCCUGCCAACAUUUUCAGUUUGACAAGUCCAAUGUUAACAUUCAUGACAAGUUGAAAUGUCGGGUGCAGCCUGUUGAUAGCCAAGGAAACACAACUGGACCGCCAACAGUCAUGGAUGCUGAAGGUGAUUUCACCACCAGAGUUGUCUGCCCCUUACCAGUAACACCCCACUCAAUCCAGAACUAUACGGUGUCAGUGACCAGUGAUGGAACAGUCUAUGGCAACGAGCUGCCUGUUUACAUGUUCGACUCUCUCUGCCUCAACUGUAGCGAUGUUGGCUGCAGUUCAAAGAACACUGGCUGCCACAUCAACAACACGUGCCACAACAAUGGAGACAGCAACAAUGAUGACAGGCAUCUGGUUUGUGACACCAGCAGAAACGUGACAGACUGGUCACCAGCCACAGAAGCUGACAGAACCGAUUACAAGACAGUGUCAGAACUGCCU